ACUCCGCAAUCGGGGACUCUGCUCUGUCCUGGCGCGACCUGAAAGCCGAAGCAACGACUGAGGUUUUGACCUCAUCGACCAAGAAAAGAGUUCAGUUGUUUGGUUCCAUUGCAGCUGCGGUGAAGGCUAAUGGUGAGUGCUGAUUGCUUGAUACGCUGGGGAGACUUUACUCGAGCACACUGCUGACAGAUCUUUCUCUCAAUUACAGAGGCCGCCGCAGAUCUGCCAUUGAUCCUGCAUUUGCUGUUUUCAACAUACACGUUGUACGAUGACCACGUAUCUAGAAUGGCAGUCAUCUCUGCGAUUCGCGCACUAUUCGAGUCCAGCAUCGAAGAACUUCCAACCAAGUUCAUACCGGCUUUGAAGCGAGAGUCGGAGAAGAAGGGCAUGACAGCUGCCGACUAUUUUGUCCUGCUCGAAUGGGCAAACGAAAUCCUGUCUCUCUACAGCGCAGAUCAAAGCUCACAGAGACCGUUAUUUGAUCGAUGGCAUUCAGAUCUCGUUGCUAUUCAGACGCUGUGUCUUGACGCGUGUCUCAGUUUCGCUACGGACAAAAAGACCAGACUUGCUGCUAGCGCCGAGAAAAGUACUCGCGUGGCCUUGAAUUCCGUACUUACUUGUUACGGUGAUGCUUGUGCGAUCUACCUAGAUAUCUUAGCAUCAAAGACCUCAAAGCUAUCAUCUGCGUCUUUACUAGGCGCGCUCAUCAACACUGCCUCGGACUUGAAGACGAAUCAGCAGGCGUUCAAGACCCUCCAAGAUCGGAGUUCUGAGAUCUUUGCGUUAUACUGUCGCGAGAUUCUUGGAUCAAAGGCUUUUGUAGGUGCCCAUAACGCGAAAGCUUUCAACAGAUUUUUCCAAGAGUUUUUAACUCCCGAGACUCUGUUGAGCGAGAUUGCUGGGCCAUUCGAGAGAUCGAUUCUCAGAGCGCCGGAAUUCGUUCUUGGCCCCGUCAGUCUUCAACUUAUCCGAUCUAUCCCGUCCACUAUCGAUUGCUCGGUGGCUGUUUCAAAGCACUUUUUGAAUCCACUACUAUCUGCGCUCAAGUCAUCUAAGGACGUUGUGCGCGAAAAUAGUGCCGCUACUCUGCGUGAGCUCUUCAAAAAGUGCAUGGAUUCGGAACUUGUGCCCAAGAUUGCGAAUGAGCUCAUUACACCCUUGAAGACUUCCAAGGUCACUGCUGCCGACCAACGAGCUCUAUACAUCGAGGUUUUGUCUUCGCUUCCUUCCUCGUCAGCGCUGGCCAAGUCGGUCCCAGCGGGUUUGAUAACUCUGGCUUCAAAAGAGACAAACGAGGCUGUCGUAUCCGCGAUCGCCAACUGUAUGCUUUAUUUCGUCAAGUUUGCGCUUGAUAAUGAAGAGGCUCUCGAGAAAACCGUGUCUGAAAGCAUUUUGAAGGGAUUGACCGAUAAGCGGGCGAACCUGCGAAGGUUGUGGAUUAUGGCUGUCGGUGAAUUUGGAAUGAAGCUCACGCCGUCGUCUUCAAAGGCGUCAGUAGAGUUUGUGGCCAGCACUCUUCCCAAGCUGCUAGAGUCGUGGAAGGAAAUUAUUGCGAAUGCCUCGGCGGCGGUACAGAGCAAAUUGAUUGUUUCUGGAUACGUGGUUGUGGCACUUACCAAGCGGCUACUUGAUCUGAAAGAGCCCGUGUUUGAAUCUGCGAUUGGAAAGUCGGCAAAGAUAAUCGAGACGGCUCUGACUGGUGGUUCGAAAGCUUCGUUCUUUUUGCAAGAUCGAGUAUAUACCAAAAUCUCAACCCGCGAGGAGCAAACAUGGUGCACCAGAGCUCUGAGUGCUACUGCAUCUAGCAUUUCCCCCACCAAGGAAAAUGGCGCGGCUUGGGCGUUGGCAUUCAUAUAUUUUAUCACCAACCCUGCAGUCGAUGCGCGAGUCCGUCAAGAUGCUGCCGUGUUGCUAGGCGACGCAUUCCUCCAGUCGCCAGUUGCUGUCGGCAAGUCUGUGAUUCUGGCUCUGUGGAAGUGGAUCCGGCAACUAGAGGAUCCAGCUAAGAAAGAGCAGUCUCCGGCGAUCUCGGCGCUCGGUCUCAAGCAGCUGCGUAUAGUGCUGCAGGCGAUCACUCCUCGUGAUACCGACAGAAUCCCGAGCGAUGUUCGCACUGAUCUGUUGAUCGAAACUGUUGUGAUUACGCAUCACGAGCUGCUUGAUAAGGCCCAAGACUGGAUCACUCUGUGUCAGCGUCUCGGAAUAGAUCCGGGCGAGCUCGUGGGAUCGCAAGCCUCUGAGUUUGAAAAAGUGAUCUCGACGACAGCUUCCGAAGAGGGGCAGACCGAAUCUGUCAUCGACGCAACAAUGAAAGCUGCUGCAACUCUUGCCUUCGUGCGGCCUGAUGUCAUCUCUCCGUUCUUGAGAGACAUGCUCGUCGAGGAUUUGGACGCUUCAAGGCUGGAAGGCAUUACUGAAGAGUAUGUUAGUAUAUGGCAUACUCCUGAUAAUGUCUUGUGCAUCGACGUUCUCAGUAAAGAAAGAGAAAAGUACGCGGUUGAUAAAAACACCAAAGACUAUGCUACUCUGAAAUGGGAAGCCGAAGUACGGGCCGAGCUCGCAAAGAAACAGGCACCUACUCAGAAGAAGUUGACCAAAGAAGAGCGUGCGAAGGUUGAUGCUCAACUGAAGCUGGAGAAGGGGAUUCGCGAGAAAGUUCAGAAUGCUUAUUUGCACGUCAACCGUGGUGUGAAACUCAUUCAUUUCCUUAGCGCUGCGGGCACCGACAACGGCGCCGAGGUCUGGUUCCCGGCUGCGACGAAGAGUCUUGUUUAUGCUCUUCGCAGCAAUCUAUCGAUGCUGGUCGGAUCGGUUGGUAUCGACACCUUUCUCGAGCUUUCGGACAAGGUUAGUCCGCGAGUCGGACCCCUUCGUCGGUUCAUUGGUGUUGCAUUGCUUCGAGCGAUUCAAGUCGCGGAUGUCCCCGAGAGCCUUUCGCAGGAGCCUCUACGUGAGCUCGUCGUGCGAAUAAUGUACAGACUUCGCUUCUUGUCUGAGCAGAUUCCUCUUGAUGCAAUCUCGCUUAUAUACAUUCUGCCGUUGAUUAUGCUUAUCUUUGCGCAAAAUGGUAUUGAAUGCAGGGACACUGAGGAGAAGGAUGAGCAGUUGAUGCUUGCGAUCGAGACAUUGACCUACCACACUGAAAUCUUCGCCAACACUUCGGUGCCAAGAUUGGAAGUACUUGUUGAUCUCAUCAAAUUGAUGAAGGCGCAACCUUCCAAGAACAAGAGUAUCAAAGAGUGUCUGCUUGGAUUGUGUCAAAGCAUGUCAGCCAAUAUCAACGACGACGAACUCAACGUUUUUCUUGCCGCGAGUAUAUCAGAAGAUAGUUUUGUCCGUGCCGCGGUUUUGGAGGGUAUUGACUCCGAGUUUGAGAUCUCGCAUAUCGGAUAUUCGAGCGAGCUCUGGAUCGCCUGUCACGAUGAAAACGAAUUGAACUCAAAGACUGCUAACGCGAUCUGGGAGGAGAGCGAUUUGUCGAUUGACGAGCAAACACCGCUGAAGAUGCUCACGUUUUUGGAAACCCCUGAUGCCUCGAUCCGGAACGCGACGUCUCGCGCAAUCAAGGAUGCACUUGAAGAGUUGUCUGGGGAUCAUCCCACUCUAUUCCAUGACUUUUUGCAGGCCCUCAUGGAUCUGUAUAGAGAACGUGCGAAACCUCCGGCGACUAUCUACGAUGAGUUUGGAAUGGUUGCACAAUCAUCUUUGGAUCAGAAGGAUCCAUGGGAGGCAAGAAGCGGAGUCGCAGUCACCUUCAGAGAGAUUGCGCCUAUCUUCCCCGAGUCUGAGCUCAUGGGAUUUGUAGCAUUCUUGAUUGAGGACGGUGCGUUGGGUGAUAAAGAGCCCGAUGUUCGUCAGCAGAUGCAGGAUGCGGCAAUUCAUAUUCUCGACCUUCACGCCAAGAACUCUGUUGACACGCUGAUGCCUAUUAUCGAGACCUGUUUGGCUGCUAAGCAUAACGGUUCGGAAGUGCAAGAUCGCAUCAAGGAGAGCGCGAUUGUGUUGUACGGAACGCUUGCUCGACAUUUGGAUGACGAUGCUCGCUUGCCACCCAUCAUUGAGCGCCUCAUCGCGACUCUGCGUGCUCCGUCUGAAAAUGUGCAGUUUGCAGUUUCUGAGAGCUUGCCUCCGCUUGUCAAGCGUGUCGACGGCGAGCGAAUCAGCAAGUACGUUGAGAAGCUUCUUAACCAGCUGUUUGCAGGAAACAAGUACUCUGAACGACGAGGUGCCGCUUAUGGUCUUGCCGGUUUAGUCAAGGGCGUUGGCAUCUCUGCGCUUGCUGAUUACGACAUCAUUCGAUCGCUGUCGACGGCUUUGGAGGAUAAGAAAGACCCAAAGAAAAGACAGGGAGUUCAGUUUGCAUUUGAGACGCUGUCCAUGAGCCUGGGAAAGUUCUUUGAACCCUACGCGAUUGAGAUUCUGCCGUUUUUGUUGACGUCUCUUGGUGAUGCGUCGAACGAGGUGCGGGAGGCAACCUCUGAUGCUGCAAAGGAAAUCAUGAAGCACACCACUUCCUAUGGCAUCAAGCAGCUCGUACCUCUCACGCUUGACUUCUUCAACCAGAGUCAGUGGAGAUCAAAGAAGGGAGCCGUUGAGUUGUUGGGUACGAUGGCCUACUUGGACCCCCGCCAACUUUCAGAAAGUCUGUCUGAUAUCAUUCCCGAGAUUGUCGGCGCUCUGAACGACACGCACAAGGAGGUCCGAAAAGCGGCGAGUCAGAGUUUGCAGCGGUUCGGUGAGGUCAUCAGUAACCCCGAGAUUCAAACUCUGGUGCCUGUGUUGCUGAAGGCGAUUAGUGAUCCGACAAAGAACGUUGAGACUGCGUUGGAUGCGUUACUGAAGACCUCUUUUGUGCAUUAUAUUGAUGCCCCGUCGCUUGCAUUGAUUGUGUAUAUCCUCAAACGAGGACUGCGAGAGCGCUCCGCGUCGACGAAGCGAAAGGCCUGUCAGAUUGUCGGCAACAUGGCCUCGCUGACCGACAGCAAAGACCUUCUUCCGUACCUCAACGAUCUUGUGGCUGAACUCGAGAUCUCGAUGGUGGACCCCGUUCCCGCGACGCGCGGUACUGCUAGUCGUGCGCUUGGCUCACUGAUUGAGAAGCUCGGCGAAGAGCAAAUGCCUAACCUGAUUCCCAAGCUUUUGAGCACUCUCCGCGCUGACAACAACGAGGGAGACAGACUUGGAGCUGCGCAGGCGCUGAGUGAGGUCAUUUCCGGACUUGGAGUGCGCAAGCUCGAGGAGCUGUUGCCAGUAAUCUUGAAGAACCUCGGAAGCUCAAAGCCAAACAUCCGAGAGUCGUUUAUGAACCUGAUGGUGUUUUUGCCUGCUGCGUUUGGAAACAACUUUAGUCCUUAUCUGGCGAGAGUUAUUCCUCCUAUUUUGGCGGGCUUGGCGGACGAGAGUGAAGUGAUUAGAGAUACGUCGUUGAGAGCUGGUCGCUUGAUUGUCAAGAAUUACGCUACUCGGGCUGUUGAUCUGCUACUUCCCGAAUUGGAGCGUGGCUUGUCCGACGAAAACUACCGAAUCAGACUCAGUUCGAUCGAACUUACCGGCGACCUGCUGUUCCAGAUCACCGGAGUCAGCAGCACGAAUGCCGCAGCAGGCGACGAGGACGAGGAAGUCGACGAAGACAGCGCGGUUGGCGGCGAGGUGCACUCCAGUCUCAAAGACUUUCUUGGCGCCGAGCGUCGCGACCGCAUUCUCGCACUGCUGUAUCUCUGCCGGUCGGACGUCACUGCGCUUGUUCGCAACGCGGCUGUGGAUGUUUGGAAAGUGCUUGUGCCCAACACCCCGCGGACGGUCAAAGAUAUCCUGCCGAUUCUUUCGCAGCUCAUCAUUCGCCGACUUUCCUCGUCGGACGAGGACCAGCGCGAGAACGCGUCGCAGACGCUGUCGGAGCUGGUGCGUCGGUUUGGCGACAGCUUGCUCACGCAGGUUCUGCCGACGCUCGAAAGCGGUCUGUUCUCGAGCGACUCGGACGCGAAGCAAGGAAUCUGUGUUGCGCUUUCGGAGCUUAUUGAGGCUACGCCGAUGAAUGUGCUGGAGGUGCACGAGAACACGUUGAUUGGGUUCAUCCGAGGCGCGCUGGUGGAUUCGGACGCCAGCGUGCGCGAGGCGGCGGCGCAGACGUUUGAUACGCUGCAGGAGACGUUUGGAAACUCUGCAAUCGAUCAGAUCCUGCCGCAUCUGCUGAACCUGCUGCAGACGGCGGGCCAGUCCGAGUACGCGCUUGCGGCGCUGAAGGAGAUCAUGUCGUCAAAGUCGGACACGAUUUUCCCGGUGCUGCUGCCGAUUCUGCUAAAGUCGCCGAUGACUGCGUUCAACGCGCGCGCGAUGGGCUCGCUUGCGGAGGUUGCGGGAUCGUCGCUGUACCGCAAGCUGCAGUCAAUUAUCGAGUCGAUGUUUGACGAGAUCAUUGCGAUCGACGAGAAGGCGGAGGACAAGGAUGAGGAAGACGAGGAGACGAAGCAGGCGUUGAAUGACGCGAUCGAUACGAUUGUCAAGUCUGUUGACGAGGACGAGGACGGGAUCGAGCUUGUUUCGGAUAUCUUUUUGGAGUUGGCGGAGGACGAGGCGGCGAGCAAGCGCGCGCUCGCGUUUAUCCAUAUGGCCGCGUUCUUUGAGACCGCAGACGGCGAGGAUUACGCUGAGUUUGUGCAGCCGUGGAUCACGAUCGGUCUUUCGUCGCUGUCGGACGAAGACAGCGAGGUUGUUGCCGCGGCGUGGAAGUGUCUGUCGACGGUGGUGAGCAAGCUGCCAAAGGAGGCGCUUCUAGACCUCGUGAUCCCGACCUCGAAGCAGCUGCGCACGCUGCCUUCCUCGGUCGCCGGGUUCGCGCUCGCCAAGGGUCCGAACGCGAUCCUACCGAUCUGCUCGCAAGGUCUGAUGUACGGCACGACCGAGCAGCGCGAAUACGGCGCCAGGGGAAUCGGCUACAUAGUCGAGCGCACCCCAGCCGACAUCCUGCGCCCGUUCGUGACGCUGAUGGUCGGCCCCUUGAUCCGCACUGUGGGCGAGCGGUUCCCGUCUGAAGUCAAGGUCGCGAUCUUGGACACGCUUGCGGUGAUGUUGAGUAAGAUCCCGGCGUUCUUGAGACCGUUUUUGCCGCAGUUGCAGCGGACGUUUACAAAGUCGCUCGCGGACGCGGGGAGUGGUGAGGAAUUGCAGCGGAGCGCGCAGAAGGCGUUGGAUGUGUUGACGGCCGUGCAGCAGGCCGCGAAGAAGUAAGAAGUAAAUAAGGCUAGCAAGGUGUAUAUCUUUUCACAGUUUAUAGUAUAUAAUAUAUCAAUGUCAUUUCUAUAGUUGUCUC